AUGACAAAUGAAAAAAUUUCAACUGGGUCGUUGGGCGAGAAAUUGAUGUUGAGAACAAGAACAAGAGGAUCAGUUCGAGAAACAUUAUCGAAGGCAAUUAGAAGUACAUUAAAAAGAAGUAACUCAAAUGAACGGGGUAAAUCAAUGAUGGAUUUGCCGAAAUACGGAACUGCACUCACAACAAUGACUAUGAGAAGUUCAGAAGAAAGAAGUUCUGAAAGUGAUACAAAAGUGAGUUCUUUCUUCAUCAUAAAAAAAUAAAUAUUUCAAUUUUUCUCUCUUUCUGAUUCUAUGGCCAUGUUACAGUAAUUAUUUCUAUGCAACUCGCAGUUUCCGUGUGUCUGAAAUCUAAAAAAUUCAUUUUCAGGAACCUUACCGGAUUUAUUUCAAGAGUAACACGAAUCACAGUAUUGCGACAAGUCGAAGUAGCAGCGGCUGUCAUUCUUCAUGUUCACCUCGUUCGAGUUCAAGUACUCCUCGCCGAAAUCGUCUACAUACAAAUACUUCAUCGUCUUCAAUUGGUUUCGGUAGUCUCAGUCAUCUUCCGCCUAUUCAAAAACCUCGAAAACAUUCGGAUUCUUUCAUUUCUUCAUCUUCGUGUCUAAUGUCACAAAGUAUGUAUUCUGAAACUGCUCCAAAUUGGGGAGUUCCAUCUUCACCAAGUUUAACAACUUUGAAAGAUUUUGAAAUGAAUGGAGAUUAUGAGGAUUUGGAAGAAGAGGAAGAAGAUGAGAUUGAAUUUGAUGAUGGAAGAUCGGUGAUAUCAUCGGCAUCAACAAGUCGAUUAUUCAGUUUGGAUCGAAGAUCAAAGUUUCAAAAAAAUCAAAAUUCGCUUCGUCAUUUUUUGAACUCUCCAGGUAUGAUUUAUUACAAAAAAUUCAGAAAAAAAGUUCUAAACGAAAUGUUUUCCCCGAUACUUAUUCAUGAACCAAGAAAUCUCUGGCACAAUUUUUCUUCACAUUACGAGCUCAUAAAAAGUGUUGCACUUAAUUUUUGUCCAUCCUUUUCUAUUGUUCCAACAUUUCGUUUCUAAACAUAAAAACAAAUCAUUGAAUUGAAAAAAUUCUCUUUUCUCAAAAAUACUCCCUCGAGUAUCACCCGUUUGAAUUAUUUCUGUGCUCGCUUAUUAGAAUUUUCGACAUUUUCUCUUUUGUCAUCGGCUUGUUUCUUUCUCAUGUUCAAAAUGUGAAACAACUUGUUUGAAUUAUUGUUUUCGCUCAAACUCCGCCCCGCCACAUGUGGAAAAAAGGCGCCAAAAUUUCUGCCGGUUCUCUCAUUCUUUCCGUUUUUGAAGUAUUCUUCAUUAUUGGAGCAAGAUAAAAGAAAAAAGAGUUCUUGAAGUAUAUUCCGGAACAUUAAUAUUUUCUAUUGUUAUUUUAUUGAGGUUUUUAUGACAAGUUUAAUAAAAUCGGUCACUGGUGAGUUCAAUUCUAAAAGUUCUGAAAUAUAAAAUUUUUAUAUCAAGAACACAAGACUUGAUAUUUUAGUAUAUAAAUACCAGAAGGGCUCCGCCGGCUAUCGCCGGCUCCUCCUUCUGGGUUGUCGCGGCUUCGCGCUCAGUAUCCUUUUGAUAAACAGUUCGUUUCUUUGAAGUACUGUUAGGAAUGGAACUAAACUUUUUUAUUGAGAUUUUGAACAAUUUGUUGAAAAACCGAAUUCUUGUAUCAAAAAGUAUUCAACAUCAUCGCUUAUCUUAAGAUAAUUAAUUAAUUGUUUAACCUACAUCUAAACUUUUAAUAAAAUCACGAACAAUGGUAUUUGAGAUAUUUUUUCUGAUCACACAGACACCGCCCUAGCCUUUCUCAACAGAUGGAAAAAAAAUCAUUUUAUAACUUUGAAUAUCUCUCAGCUAAUUGGGGAAUAUUUGAGAACCCCAUGGAAGUUCACUUUUUCAAGGUUUAGCAACAGCCGCUGAAAAAAAACUAAUUUUAAAAAUUGCAUAAGAAUUCAAAAAAAAAUAUUUUGUGUGUACUUUUUUGAAAAUUGUUCCCUUUCUCCCUUAUUUUGGGAUCACCCGAAACAGUUGUAUGUUUGUAUGAUUCCCUUUCUCCUCAAAGAAGAGGUUUUCAGCACCUGCCUCUUUAAUAAUUAUAAAACUUAUUAGGUUUCCAACAAACACUAUGCAAGUGGUUUUUCGACAUGGAUUUCCAAAAUGGCUCUGUCAGUUUUAAGAGAAAAGAGUCAGUGCUUGAAUUUUCGUUUUUUUCAAAAUUUUUCAAAUUCUUGCGAAAUGAUUCUUCAAACCGAUAGAAAUUUCCAAAUGUCAACCGAUUGAGCGGACAUUAUUGGUUUAGAAAUCUAUCAAAUUGGAAUUUCGCUUCGAAGUCGUUUAAAAAUACGAAAAAUUGGGUUGUGGAAAAAUUUCGCCCUGGAAUUCCAACCCAUUUUUUUCACCGACCUUUUUCCGCGGUGCUUCGGACACAUUUUUGGUAUUGUCAGUCCAAAAUUUUGUGACCGUUGGAAGAGAACCGGCCUAGAAAACCAAAUCCUCUUUCAAUACAAAAUAUCGAAGCAGCCGCGAAGUCUACUGUACUUUGGUUUUCUCUUCCACGGUUCUUUUUUUUAGGAUUGACAAUAUCUAACUCGUUUUGAGAACCCAAUUCAUAGAUUUAAGGUUUCAAAUAAAGAUUCGACCAUAUUUUGGGAUCACCCGAAACAGUUGUAUGUUUGUAUGAUUCCCUUUCUCCUUAAAGAAGAGGUAUGUGUGAUGAUGAAGUAGCUUUCAAACGAAAUGAUGUCUUUUCAUCCAUAUUUUCCUUUUAAAAAGCCUCUAUCUUGAAAUCCGUUUAUUAAAAAUUGAGAGAAAGUUGAGUACUCGAAGACAUGGAAUUUCAGAAACCUCAGCGGAUUUCCCUUACUUUUAAUGGAGGAAAUCCAAAUUUAAGUUUUUUGAAUUACAUUUUUCCAUAAUUUUUUCUCCUCUUUCGAAAAAAAAGAAGAAAUCCGUUGAGGUUCUCGAAAUUCCACGGGUUUCGAGUACUCAAAAUUUCUUUCAUUUUUUGAUUAAACAGAUUUCAAGAUAUAGAUUGUAAAAAGAAAAAAAAAUGAUAAAAAGACAUAUUCUUUCAUUUAAAAGCAGCUUCAUCUCUUCCCCUACUCCUCAUUCCAGAAAGAGUCCUUUAAGAUAAAUCCUUUAUCCGAUAUUUUGCCUCUGUCAGACUUCCCACCUCAACCUCUUUCAGUAUUGACUUUUUUUUUGGAACUGGCUCUUAAUCAGCUUAACCUGAUCAAAAAUCCUAAUAAAAACUAAUAACUAAUAUUUGAAAGAAGCAUGAAGCAUGUUUUUUGUCUUCUAUGAAUAUCAUCAUGCCUAGUCAAUUACUGUACAGCGCAGGGAGUAGAAUUUCUCUCGAAAAAACUGAUUCACUUCACAGCUAGCCUAAACCUAAACCAAAACUCACGAUAGAAUACGAUUCAGCUCGUCUUUUUCCAUUCAUUGGAAAUUGCUUUCAUCUGAAGUUUCAAAUUACUAAUGAAAAUACAGUAGUACAACUCACUUUGUUUUCUAUUAAUUUAGCCAACCUAUUAGGAAGAAGCUAUCAUCGAGAAAUGCCCAAAAAUUGUUGGCUUCUUCAGAAAACAGAAAGAUCAGAUAAGAAACGUGUCCUUUAAUUUUUUGUGGAAUAAAAACGUGCUCAUUCUUUUUUUCAUGAAAAAAGUUUAGAUUUUUCACGUGAAAACUCGCGCACUUUUUGAAAAAUCGAAUAUUAGCGCAUCGAUGGGAAAGAAUUUGGGAUCGAAUGGUGAAGGUCCCAUCAAAAAUGGCCUUCUGGAAAUUGAGAAAAGUCGAGCGACACAUUUUGAAACCCAAAAAUACAUUGAAAAUUUUGAAUUUUUUCAAACUUUGCAUUUUUCCGCGCACUUAUCAGAAGAGUAGAAAAUGAUAAAUGACUUCCCCACCAAGUAGACGUAAUUUCCUAACUUCUAGUUCAGGAAUUUCCAAUUUUCAUGCUCUGGGAGUGAAAUGCGGGCUCUGGACACACAUUUUUUAUUUUUGUCAAUUAGUAUAUAGUAAGAUUUUUGUUUUGAUGCGAAUUUAUUCAUAACAAAAUCCGUAAACAUGUGAUGUUUUUCGAAAAAGUCCAACCAAGAUUUAUUUCUUUACUUUUUACAACGUUUUCCUUGAUUUACAAGCAGAAUAUCUAAUGUUAUUAUUUAUUUGUACUCGGCGGACACCUUCUUCCAUUCUUUUGUCUAUGUAUUUAUUCUUACUUUUUCUUUAUUUUAUUUCGCCCGUUCGUCCAUUUUAGUAUACUGUGUAUUUCCACAGAUGUGUGCGGUUAGAUGAAUUGACAGCUGUGGUAUAAAGAAAAAAACGAGUAGAUAGUUAUGUCCCUUUUCGGGACUCACCAGAUGGUCAGAAUUUUGCAAAAAAAAAAAAACGAUUGAAAACUAAUAAAAUUGCAGCUGUGAAAUUAUUGGUUCUCAGUUUAUAGUAUCAAAUUCCAUAAACAUUUUUUUGAUUAUAUGAAUAAAAUACAAAAGUUCAAUGUUGCAUUGAUAAACAAUUUUCAGUUAUGAAAAAUUGGUCUAAAAAUAACAGGAUUUUCAAUACAGUUUUCCAGCGGAAUAAAUUUUUUGCAAUUUUCGACGUUAAUUGAAAUAUUUUAUUAUUAGUAAAAUGGGUUAGGCAAAAGUUUUAGCUCUAAUUGCAUAUUCUAAAUGUUUCUCCAUUUUAAUCAAAAUGGCCAAAAACUUCAAAGUAAUAUUUGUAUUGUUGUUCUCAUUUCUUAAUGUUGCAUAUGAAUAAUACACCUGUGUAUUCAUCGAGCAAAUAAUGACUGGGACCUUUUUUUCUCGUCUCGCCAUUUCCCAACCUUUUCCUUUUUUGUCUACAAUAGCCACGCCUUGUUUGUCUGCGUCUCACUUUCUUCUCCUUUUUUUUCCUUAUACGCAAUAAUUCGACCUGCGUUUCUCUUCAUAUAUCCGUUUAGUUAUUCACAUAUCUAAUAAUCUUAUUAUUUAUACCUGUGCAUCAUCUCAUUUUCAUAAUCAGAGAAGAUAUUCAAUCGGGUCGUAUUUCAUUUUUCGCAAUUCCCUAACGAAGUUUGCAUAAGAAAGUUUUCUGUUUGUUUCGAAAACGCAAUUUAUGGCUUCGUUGUGCAGCAAUUUUUUUGGAAUCCCGAUUGGUGAGUUUUUUUUUACUUGCUCGUUAUAGUUUUGGAAAUCAGGGACGAAACAUUUUUUUUCGAAAUUUAGAAGAAGUAUAAUUAGGCGCGCGCGCGUUUCAUUUGUGCAGUUUUUGUAGACUCUGUGUGAUUGAUGUAUCAAGUUACAAUAAAUUAUUUAAACGUGUUGUGUAUAUGUUUCAUUUGAUUGAUUGUUGCUAUUCACGCAUUUUCAAUUCAAAACAUCUUACUAACUCAAUUAAAUCCUGUCUUUCGAAUCUAUCAAUCAUUUUUACACAUCAUAUUAUUGUGGCAAUCCUAGUACGAUUCUCAUAGUGUUUUCUUCACAUUUUCUAUUUCAAUCUAUUCUUUUUGGUUGACUUAUACUUUAAUUAUCUGUUUUGUUUUUUACCCGAAUUGGGCGGUCGUUUCUCUUUUUUUCGUACAAAAUUGUUCGUUUUCAACAGCCAUCAAAUGUCACCGUUUUGCUUGAAUUGUGAGUUUUUUGUUUGGCUUCGAAAUAAAAUAAAAGAAGAUUCGCAUCUUUUUUUUCGCGGUUUAGUGCUUUUAUCUGACCCGAAAUCUGGAUAAACAGUUUUUUGUUGAAAUCUUUUUUCCGAAUAAAAAAAUGUGGUGGAACAGAAUAGGAACAAAUAAAAUUAGGGUUAUUAAUGUUUUUGUUAUGUCCUUGACGCGCAUUGUUUAUGAUGAGAACGAGAAAUGCAUGGAUUAUUAGUUAGUACAUGUUAUGUGAUACUAUUCGGAAAAAAUUUCCAACCGGAUGAAACAAGUUUAAUUGUAUGUUUUCAUAAGAACAUUAUUUAAAAAAAAUCAAAUUUCGGAAAACUUCAAAACAUCAGCAUUCCGCAAGUAUCGAAAUCUUUAUUCUCGAUUAUUUCGGUGUAUUUUCUCUGUUCAAGUCUACAAAUUAGUAGACUUUCACUAUCACUAAAAGUGUUUUUUUUUCUGCCAAUUAUCGGUGAUGUUUAGUGAAAAAGACUGUCAAAUUGAAUUUUUGCAAAAACAUUGAUAGAUCGACGGAACAUUAUGUAACACCAGAUGGACACAAAAAUACUAAUUGAUGAAGGUCCUUUCGAAAAUGACAGGUGUAUUUAUUUUUUAAUGCAGGAUGAGGAGUUGUAGGAAAUUGUAAUCUUAAUGGAAAGCAGAGCGGUGAAGAUGAAAUGAAAUAAUUUAUUGAUUAAAACAAUAUUAGGAUUUUAGUACUGAAGUUUUCGUUUCAAAUAUCAAAAUAACAUCAGUCAGAGGUCAUUGUGACCUUUUAUUUUUCCAAAAAUUUGCUAUGAAAUAGUAUAUAUUACUGAAGAGACAUUAGGAUGUGUAUCUGUCAAUCAGUUAGUUUUUCUAUGUUGUGAUAUUUUUUGAGCAAAAACGUUGUUCUCCUCCUCCUUCUCCUCAAUAUCAUUUUUCUGCAUUUUUUUCGAUGAGCCAUCACACGCUUUUGCUCAUCUCUUUUCUCAUUUGAUUUAUGAAUCUAUAUUUUUAUUAGUUCCAUUAUUAUUCUUUCAAUCUAGUUAUGAGCAUUAUUUCGAACGAAUUUUGAAUGAGAUAAAAGAAAUGUGUCUGAUUUGUAUUGGAUACAAAAUACUUCGAAAAGUUACCGAAUUCAUGCCGAAUAUUACUGUUAUAAUUUCACCGAAAUCGAUGUCUUCGGACAAUAUUGAUAAAAUACUUUCAAUUGAAAAUUAUAUUCCGAACGAUAAAUAUAAUGAACCAUCGCCAAUAAAUGAGCGAAGUAGAAGGAGAAAUAAAAUUGAGAAAGGUUUGUUGUGUGAAAGGUUAGCAAAAAGCGCGAGAAAAAUAUUGCUGAAACCUGAAAUUUUCUGAAUAAAAGUCUGAUUUCCCAAAAAUACUCUGAAAUUUGGGCUUUGCAAAAAAUACAGUUUUAAAUGUGGUAUUGGUUUUUAAAAAAAUCAUCAAAAUAAAAUUGGUUUUUUUGCAGUUCGUCUUCGAAAACGAGUUGAUCCAUCUCGACAUGAUGCAGUCGAAGCUGGAUUCGAGCCAAAUGAUAAUGUUGUUCGAUGCAAUUCAACUCAAUCACUUCGAGAUGUUCAACGAACAAAAUCCUAUAACAAUUCGCAAUUUCUUGCAAGUGAUUUGUCAUUGAAUCCAAAUGGAAGAUCUGUUAUUUCUGCAAAAUGUGAUAGCACCAGUGGAAAUGCUCCUACAGCUAUUAUCAAUCCAAAUUAUAACAAUAAUAAUUCACCACAUCAGAAGAUUUUGAAACCAACUCAUAGCAGGUAAGAUAUGAUAAAUCCCCGAAAAGAUAUUGAAUACAAUUAGGGAUACAAGCUGUUGAAAAGGACCCCUGCUGAUUUUUUAAUAGUUUGAAAAGGGUCAAAAGGAGAGAAAUGAUAAAUUAUGUAUUGAACAAUAGGAAAAAUGUUUUAUGAAUUCUUUAUGAGAAAAUUAGUGUUACAAGGUUUUCGACCAUUGCCCAUUCACAAAAAGAAUUUACAAGUUUUCCGAUUUGAGCAAAUAUUUGUGGGCAUUUAAGAGUUCAAACAAUUGAAAAAGAAGAAACAAAAAAGAAACAUAAUAAAUUAAUAUUGAUUUUCAGAUCUUCAUAUGAUUAUAAAGAAGAUUUACGUCUACUCGAACAAGCCACACAACAACAACAACAAUCAAAUCGUCGAUGCAGUUUGCAACCAUUAACAGGUUGGUAUUCCUCUAUUUCAAAAUCGUUUUUUUUUUUCGUAUUUCGACAAAAUAUUUUUUAUCGUAUUAAUUCCUGUCGUCAUCAUAAAAUAAUCCGCGUUUUGCGCAUCGAUUGAUCAAAAAGAUCAGAUUAUUUAUUAAAUUGCCUCUUCAUAUUGAUUGAUUUAAUCGUAGUGCUUCUUGUUUGUAUUUGAAUAGUGCACCUAGCCAAAAGAGAGUCAAAAACAAACAAAAAUCAAAUAUUAUUUUGUGACGGCAGGAGGCAGCUGGGCAUAAGUUUCCUUAUCAGAAGAAGAAGAAGAAAUUCACUUUCUUCUAUUAUCUAUUAGUUUUUGCUAGUAUUUUGAAUAUUUCAACAAAAAAAAAGAAAUUAAAUGUUUCAACGUGAACCAUCGCGAAGAUUGAAAUCGAUUCGAUCGAUUUCUCAUGGUCGAAGAAUUACGAGAAAUCGCGAUGCAGCUGAUGAAUUUGUUGAUAUUUCAGCGAGUUCUUUGUAUCAUUUGACAAAUGGUGGAGGAAGAGUCUCAUCUUCGCAAUUUUUGGCGAAUCCUGGAAAUGGUGGAUCGAUAAGUGCUGAAAGAACAACAAGACCACGUGUUUCGAGUGUGAAUCAAAUUAAUUUGGACAGGUUGGUCUAUUUUGGGAAGGGUUUUUUCUUGAAAAAAAAAAAGUUAUGGAAUGUUAGAAUUUUUAUGAGAAUGAUGGGAAGAAAUAUUUAAAGAUGCUCGAAAAAUAUGAACUUCUCUUUGAAAAAUUUCAAACGGGAUUCAUUUUUUAAGGAUGUUUAAAUAAGCUCAAUUAUCGUUAAUUAUUUGAAAAAAUAUUUUAAAGCUGCUAGAAAAAAUUUGACUAACAGAAUUAUGUUUAUCUUAAUCGGCCCACUUCAACAAAAUUUAAAGUGGUUCGAUUUUUCUGGCUCAUUUUUUAAUUUUCUAUUUAUAAAAUUAUAAAAAAUGGUUCCUGAAACAAAGAUCCCGAAACUCGUUUUCAAAAAUUAAAAUUUCUGAAUUAACCUUUCAAUGAAUAUAUUUCGAAUUUCGAAAAAAAAACCUAGUUUCAGAAUUAUUCCGGUGUUUCCCCAAAUAUGACAUUCGCUCUUUUUUUUCAAGAACAAUUCGAACAUUUCAAAAGUUUUUAUUGCUUGGUAUUUUAUUCAAAUUUUGUUUGAUUUUGUUGACAGUUUGCAAACAAACUGUUUAUAUCAAGUUGAUAUUUGCUAAAUGUCAAAAACAAAUUAUCAAUUUUUGUGGAAAAAAGUAGCAAAUACGAAGAAGAACCUUUUGUUCCAUUUUCUUCGUGAGAAAAAUAAAUUGAAUUAGUUGAUGUGCUCUGAUUAGAUGGAGCGCACUUUCUUCAUUUUCAAUUCUUUGGAAAUUUUCGCGCAUAAAUUGAAUUUCUCUCCAUCUUUCUUCUUCCGUUUAUAUCAAUUUAUUAUUCGUUGCUCCUCUUCCCAUGAGACAAAGAUUUUAUUUUGAAAACGAAGAACAACAAGAAAUUUAUGAUGUAUCCUUAUAAGAGAAUAGAAGGAGACGUUGUCUAAUUAGUCCACUUCAUGUCAAAUUAUACAUAUGACCAGAAAUGCUCUUCUUUUUUCCUAUUAUUUUCUUCGAGUGUCUGUCACAGCUCCAACUGUGUUCAGCUGUUUUUUUUGUCUAUUCAAAAAUGCAUGUGACUAUAUUUUCUUUGAGUUUUUUCUUUUCUUUUUUUUGAUAGUCAUAUGUAAUUUACAAAACUCAUUUAGGAACAAAAUUUUGAAAUUUCCUCUUUUUUGGGAGUCUUCGUCCAUUAAAUAAAUGAACACGAAAGCGAUAAUCGUAAAUUGUAAAUGCCUUCUUUUAUUCAAAUCGAUUCAAAAUGUCGUAUUCUCGAAACAAUAUUUUGAAAAGAAAUUGAAUUUCUAUGAUACAUUUUCGACUUACACUUUCAUAUUGUUUUUUUUAUUCUUGGUUUUGAAAAGAAUCGAAUAGAAAUUUCUGUUUAUUUAUACGAAAAAAGGAAAUCCUUUUUUUUCUCCCAAAACAAACAUAGAUGUUUUUUCACUUCUUCAUUUUUCCUUAUUCCUUUUACAUAUAUAUUGUUUAAUACAAAAAUGUAUAAUUUGACGACAUCUGUCAACUCUUUUCCCAAAAUCCUAGUUAAUUCCUUGUUGUCUUUUUGACACUCUAUUGAUUGUUUGUUUUGUUCUCUUCUUUUUUACUCUUUUCUUAUAAUAAGUAAUAAGUUUCUAGCAAAUGUUAAAUGUCUUCUUCUUCGUCAAUUCGGCCAUCUUGUUCUUGUAAUGAUUCAUUAUUUACGAUUUCUGAUACGGAAUGUUCGGAAAUUGGAUCAGAUUUGAGGAGAAAUAAAAGAAAAGAGCAAAGUUGUACGAGUAAACAUAUUAAGAAAAGGUAUUUGGAAGAUUGACUUAUUUUUUUUUGCUGAAAGUUUUUUAAGAACCGAAAAUAAUGAUGAAAUAACCAGUGAUCCAAAUUAUGAAUCACAAAUAAAAAAAAACUUUUAAAAAUUUAUUUUGAAAAAAAGUGUUCAAAUCAUUUUUUCUCCUUCAAUUAACCAUUUUUUUUUUCAGUCAACGUCGAAGUGUUCACAAUCUCCAUGAUUCCUUCAGCGAAUUUCAAACACCAAACUCAUCGAAUCCCAAAAAGGUUAGUAUUUUUUCGGGGAAUUUCCGAGUAAAAAUAAUUUUGAAACCGCAUGCUUUUCGUAAUAUGACAACCUUGAAACAAGGAACAGUUCAGUUUUUUAUCUACCAAAUCUUUGUCGCUUUUCACUUUUUUUUCGCUGUCUCAAUUAAAUUAUUUAUGAGUUUUAAUUGUUUCUGGUAGGUAACUGGUGUGUCUGAAAAUGAUUUAUUUCUUGAUUUUUAUUUCGGUCAAUUAGAAAUAUAGAUAAGAUAGAAAAUAGACACCAAUAGAUACACUUUGGUGUCAAUUUCGCCCUUCACCAUUGCAUUUCACCACAUAGACACAACACACCCGCUAUUUAUUGCUUGGCGUCCUUUUUUUCUACCUUUCCACAUAAAAAUCCAUCAAUUUUCGUGAAAAAUUUAUAUUGGAGGGUAUAUUUUUGCAAUAAAAUGGCUAGUUUCAACCAUGUGUUUUUGGAAUAUUUGCAUAUCCAUUUUUCUUUUUAUCUCUAGUUUCUCUUUUAUACCUUAUACUCUCUCGCGUUUCUCUUCUAUAAUUCAAUCGAUUUGUUGUUUUUUUUUGGAGAGUGGAAAAAAACGUUCAUUUUGUUUUUUUUGUUGAUAAUACGUUGAUUGUUGAAAAAUGUCUGGUUCCGCAAUGACAUCAAUGGGAAAAUUGCAAUUUUUCUUAUUUUUUCCGUUCAAUUUUUAGUUUGGUAGUUUAUUUUUUCUGAUAAAUUCUAGCAGGCAUCGCUAAAAUUGCACGCUGUAAUUUCUGAAAAAGCCUUACACUUUCCAAUCAUUCGAAAUAUACCUCACUAAAAUCUAGGGUCGAAAUUUUUUUGCUCUGAAAAUUUCAGAAACAAAUUUAGCUGGAAAAUUGAUUGAAACCCUAAUUAAUUAAUUGAUUUUGUAUAAAACACAUUUUUCAAAUUCCCAACCUUAAUGUCUUUUUCUUUUUUUUUGUACAAAAAUAGAAAACAGGUUCUCAAAAAAAUCUAUUCACUGUUUUUUACUCGAAAAAACACAUUUAAUUCCGUAGAUCUUUUGACAGUUUCGAAUAAAAAAAGAGAUCAUCACGAUUUGUUUGGCAAACAUUUGAUUUUCUUUCUUUUUUUGCUAGUUGUUACUUUUUCCUUUUCCAAGUUGUGCCGCGCAUUUUGUUUAAUGCAUUUUUGAAUUUUUAAUGGAGAAAAUCGAAGUGCACCUUGAUGUUUUUAGUAUAUUUUCACCAGCUAAUUAAUUUUUCUGAGUUUAGAAUAAGAUAAAAAAUGACUGUUUCGAAUCGCCGAUCCACUAAAAGUGAUAAAUAGUAGCAGUAUUUUAAUAGGUUUUUUCUCCGAAUAUGACCUCUAUUAUAAAUGUUUUAUUAGACUUUAAUUAUCUGUUUUAUCUCUUUUUUUGUCUGUUCAUUUGUUCCGUAUUUAUAUUCCAUUCAAUCAAUCUCACCCCAAAGUGUUAAACGUAUUUGUCCAUUUAUUCAUUCCUCCAAUAUGAUAUUUGCUCUUGUGCUCUUCUUCUUCAACUUUUUCUUUAUUCUUUUGUGCCUGCCACAUAAUACGACACAAUGAUUUAGUUUCUCCGUGUUUUUCCAACUAUUUCUCAGAUUUUUGUUGAUAGUUUGAUAGAUUCGAGCUUUUCAAAUGUGAUUUUCCGAAACAUUUUCUGGCCGAGCAUUAUUCGAAGAGUUUGCUCUUUGUUUAUCAAAUAAUUAUUUUUCAAGUACUCCAAUAAACAUAUGUUUUAUUUGGAACUACAACAAUUAUUAUUAUUAUAAUAAUUACCAUUCAAGGAUGUUUCCAUUAUUGAUUUCCCCUCGGUUUUUUUCCUAUUCAUUUUUUUCCAAAUUUUCUUUCUGUUUGCUGUUGAAUAUUUUUGGAACAACAAUAAUAGUAACAGUAAUAGUUUUAUUUACCCAUCACUUGACGGAAACACAAAAUGUUUAUUGGAAACAUGAAAACAUUCCAUUUGAAUUAUUCCCACACAUUCAGUUAAUAGAUUUUUAGUAUCUUUUUUUUUGGAUGUCGGCAUUCGGUUUUUGAAGUUGAAGAUGAUUUAUGUGGUGAGAAGAAGAAGAAGAAGGAAUUCUUUUCAUUUUCUAACAAAAAAACAUGAUGAUGAUAAUAAAAUUAAUAAUAUAAUUAUGAAAAAUGAGUCAGAAGGAAACAUUUUGCAAAAAAUAUUUCGCAUUUUUAGAGGCUCUUUUGUUUCACAAGAAAACCUUUUUGAUUUUCACGCUGUUUUUGAUGAAAUUUAACUUUUUCAUAGAACAUUUUUGGUCCAAAAACAGUUCGAUUUAGAAUUUCUGAAAAUCUGAGGUCACUGAAAUAAAACGCAACUAACUGAAAAAUUUUAGAAUUCCAAUACCGUUUUGAAGUCCUUUCAAUUCUCAUACUCUAGAUUCUAACUUGAACGCAUUUCUCUAUUCUGAUUGUUCUCGAUUAAUUCACAAAUGUCUUAUAUAAAAUCUCAAUUUUGUUUCGGAAUAAUUUUAAUUAGCCUAGGCUAUUAGGCUUGCUUCCGAUUCUCCUUUUUAUUCUUCUUCUUUUCCUCUCGUUUUUGUCAUAUCUAAUUAUAACUGUUUUUCGAAUCACACUUCUUCUGUCGUUUUUUUUGCGCAUUCCUCCAUUAGAUGUUUAUCUCCUCCUUUCGUUCUAUUCAUUUUUAUCUUUUUUUUGUUCUGUUCCCGCCUCCUCUUUUUUUUUCUAAGAUUUUCAACAGCGCUACUUUUAUAGCGAACCCAUAUUCGAUUAGUUAUUGGUUAGUUGUUGUUGAAACGAGUUCUCGGAACGUCGAGAAUUUUGUACGGCGUAUAUCUUUAUUUCUAAAUUGAUUAAUAAUAUUUAUGAGUCCUUUUGAUUGGUGUUGUGGUCAAGCAAUGGUUCGAUUUUAUUCAAAAAUGAUGGAAAGAUUAACGGGUGGAAAUGGUGCUGCAGAUUCGACACAUUUUGAUAAUAAUAAUAGAAAUAAUAUGCAUACUAGAGCUAAAUCGGGAAGUCCUGCUUUGCAUAGAAGAAGAGAAAGUCGACCAGAGGUUAAUAAAUAUAUUGAUAAAAUAAAUGGGGGAAAGGGCUCUGUGAUUUAUAUUUGAAAAUAAUAAAUAUGUUCUUGUGUUUCAGAUUGCUGUUGCUCCUUUGACUCAUAAAAGUCGACAUUUGAGUGGUUCUCGUGAUGAUACAAAUGAUAUUCAAAGAAGAGGAAGUGGUUCGAUGAAUUUGCCAGCAUAUAAUAGUUAUUUAAUGAGACAGCAACAAGGAGAAGAAAGACUUGGUAAGGGUUUUGGGGGGAUUUUUUGAGCUGAAAAGAAGGGACGGUUAUGAAUCUAUAAUUUUUCUUUUUCCUAAAUUUUGACAGAGCUCAUCAUUGAAAAAAAUCAAAUUUUUGUUUUCAGUUGAUGGUCCAAUUCGAAAUGGAAAUGAUGCAAGAAUUGCGUAUUUGGAACAAAGAAUUCGAGAUUUGGAAAUUGCAAAGAAUGAAACAAAACCACAGCCACAUACACCACAACAAAUUAGACGUAAGUUUUUCUUUUCAUUUUCAAAAGUUUUUAAAUUUUUCUCAAAACAAUCCGAAUUUUCCCAUUUCUUCCAAAUCAAACGAAAAAAAUCUCGUUUUUCCGAAAAAAAAAUGUCGAAAAAUAUGAGAAAACCAAUUUAUUAUCAUAUCAUGUCAAUAACAUAAUUAUGAUUUAUAUUGCAGAUUCUCGAUCUUCUCCUUUUGCAACAAAUGCAUCUAAUAUGAGUGAUCAAAUUAAAAUUCAAGAGAUAAAUGAGGAAUUGAUGCAUAAAGAAAAACAAGUUACACAAUUGGAGGUUUGUUUUUUCCGAUUUCAAAAAAAUCCAUAAUUUUUAAAUUUUUCAGAGUAAAUUGUUGAAAGCCUAUCAAAAGAUGGAAAGAUUAAACGAGGAAAAUGAGAUGAAAAUUCGAAGUGUUAUUCGAGAAGGCGAACAAACUAAAUCGGAUUUAUCGAGAUGUCUUGGAAAAUUGCAAGAUUUGGAAGAUGAACUUGUAAAUACACGUGAAUCGAUUGAAACAAAUGAUCAAGAAGUGACGAAAAAUUUGAGAAAUCAAAUUUGGAAACAAGAUCGAGAAUUGCAAGAAAGUCGUGUAUUAUUAGCCAGAUUGAAAGAAAAAGAAUCGGAAAUGGAAAAUAUGAAAUCUGAAAUGGCUUAUUUAGAAUUACAAAAUGACAAUUUGAACAAAAAAUUAGAAGCAAAAGUGAAAGAUGUGAAAGCUCUUGAAAAUAAUGUGAGUUGAAAAAGAUUUGGAAACCCUGAACAUAAUUUUUGAAAAAUUUUCAGACUUUGCGACUCGAAGAAGUAAUUUAUCAACAAUCUUGUUCUUCUGGUUCAACACCUUUAGCUGAAGAAUCUGAUCCAAUGUGUGAUAUUCGACCUUCUAUGGCAAAACCAUAUACAAAAGCCCAUUCAACUCUUGGAUCUGGACCAGCAUCUGCUGGUUUAAAUGGUCCAUCAAAAAUAUCUGGAUUGACGAAGAGUUUUUCGAAUUUUGCAAUCAAUUCGACUGCAAAACGCGAUGAUGUUACACCAUUGAUGAGCAGAACUAUCAGGUUUGUUGAAACAUCUUUGCGUUCUGAAGUUUUCUCAUUUUCAUAAUUUUCAGAGAACAAAAUCGUCAUAUUUCAAUGUGUCGUGGAAUGGUUGUUUGUAUGAAUGAUGCACUUAUGAAAUUGAAAAAUGGCGGAAAUUUGGAUAUUUCUCGAUUGUUGGGAGUUAGAAGUAAGUAUUUUGGAGUAAAAAUAUAGUUUUCUGAAUUUGUUCAAAAAUUUAAAACUAAAAAUCAUAAAAAUAUUCAUAUUUUUCCAGUAAAUGUAUUGUCUGAAAGCGAAAUGGAUGAUGAAGAAGAUGAAGCUGAAGAGUCAACACCAUUUUCACUUUUAACUGCUGAAUCUAUUGUGAGUUCUUGUUUUUUUCAUCUUGAGUUUUAUGAGUAGAACUAAAACAUAUUUUUUUAGCUCAUAAAACAAUGUCAAAAGUUGGUUGAACUCGACAAAGAUCUCGAAGCAAUGAGAUGUGCAAUAAUCAAUUGGAAAAAUGAAGAUUCUCAAUCAUCAAAUUUUGAAGGAGAAGGUGAUCGAGAAACUUGUCGCCUUCAAUAA